CUGUCUGAUCUGUCAAUCGCCUAAAAACAAAGUUCUGUAAAGUGAAAUUCGUGUCGCUCCUUGAAAUCGAAUUUCUUUAUGUGGGUGCCAUCAGCCAACACCAAGUAAAUGCGCGCAUAUAGUGUUCGAAAGUGCGUGUCGCCUUGACCAGUUUCAAUGUUCACCGGUACAAUUCGUGUGAAAAUAUGCGAGGCACAAGGUUUGAGACCUACGGACUGCUCCAAACGCCACAACAUGGCGUUUGGGAAAAACGACGAUAUGCAGCUGAUGGAUCCCUAUGUGACUAUAGACGUCGACGAUGAUACUCAUGUGGCCCAGACGACCGCGAAAGCGAAAACUCUGGACCCUGUGUGGAAUGAACUUUUCGAACAUAGUGUCGAAAACGCGAGAACAAUAACUUUUACCGUCUUUCACGAUGCUGUUAUCUCUCCAGACGUUUUCGUUGCUAAUUGUAGCAUUCAUUUCGAGGAUUUAAUGACUACAGAAAAAGAAGAGAAUGACUUGUGGGUGAAUUUGGAACCUAAAGGAAGACUGCAUUUAAAAAUUGAACUAAAAACAUCGAAUGAAUAUGGCGCCAAACCAAGAGAAUUCAAGGAGCGACAAGGCUUCAACAGAAGAAGGGGUGCAAUGCGACGAAGGGUGCACCAGGUCAAUGGUCACAAAUUCAUGGCCACCUUCCUGAGACAGCCUACAUUUUGUUCCCAUUGUCGAGAUUUUAUUUGGGGAUUAGGCAAGCAAGGCUAUCAAUGUCAAGUUUGCGUUUGCGUUGUUCACAAAAGAUGCCAUUCAUUAGUCGUUACAAAAUGUCCAGGAACGAAGGACGAGUCGAGUCAACAGAGCACCAGGUUCAAUGUAAACGUACCGCAUCGGUUCGCAGUCCAUACUUACAAGAGAUUUACCUUCUGUGAUCACUGUGGUUCGCUAUUGUAUGGUUUAUUCAAGCAAGGGCUUCAUUGUGAAGUUUGCUCCCUUAAUGUCCACAAAAGAUGUCAAAAGAAUGUGGCGAACAACUGUGGCAUAAAUACCAAACAGAUGGCGGAGAUCCUCAAUGCCAUAGGUGUUUCACCAGACAAACAAACUCCCCGAAGAGCUACCAAAUAUAUUUCUGGUCCUGGAAAUGGCAGCUCGGAGGCUGGUGGUGAGAAUCAAGCGAUUGAACAAACAGUUGAAAAUCUUGCCAAGAUGAUGGAAGAUAAAUUACAGAAUAAUGUUGCAGGUGCCGGUAGAGAUUCGGGCCGAAUGAAAGUAGGACUAGAUGAAUUCGUCUUCAUUAAAGUUCUGGGAAAAGGGAGUUUCGGUAAAGUAAUGUUAGCGGAAAAGAAGGAUACUGAUGAAAUAUACGCCGUUAAAGUGCUGAAAAAGGACGUAAUCAUACAGGACGACGACGUUGAUUGUACAAUGACGGAAAAACGAAUAUUGGCUUUGGCGGCCAAGCAUCCUUUUCUCACUGCUUUACAUUCUUGUUUUCAAACUGCGGAUAGGUUGUUUUUCGUGAUGGAAUACGUAAAUGGGGGCGAUCUGAUGUUUCAAAUACAACGAGCCAGGAAGUUCGACGAAUCGCGAGCUCGGUUCUAUGCGGCCGAGGUGACGUUGGCCCUCCAGUUCCUGCACAAGAACGGCGUCAUCUACAGAGAUCUCAAAUUGGAUAACAUUCUGCUGGACGCGGAGGGGCACUGUAAGCUUGCCGAUUUUGGUAUGUGCAAAGAGGGAAUACUGGAGGGCACUACGACCACUACUUUUUGCGGAACACCGGAUUACAUAGCGCCAGAGAUCUUGCAGGAACUUGAAUACGGCGCAAGCGUCGACUGGUGGGCCUUGGGCGUUCUGAUGUACGAAAUGAUGGCUGGUCAGCCUCCUUUCGAGGCUGAUAAUGAAGAUGACCUUUUUGAAUCCAUCCUGCACGAUGAUGUCCUUUACCCCGUAUGGUUAACAAAGGACGCCGUCAACAUACUGAAAGGUUUCAUGAUUAAGAACCCCAGCCGCAGAUUAGGAUGCGUGGCAGCGCAUGGUUAUGAGGCUGCUAUCCGGGUGCAUCCUUUCUUCAAGGAGAUUGACUGGGUUGCACUGGAGCACAGGAAGGUCAAGCCGCCGUUCAAGCCGAAAAUUAAAAAUAAGAAAGAUGCCCUCAAUUUCGAUGCCGAAUUCACAAAGGAGGAGCCCGUUCUCACGCCAGUCACACAAGAAGUUCUGGUCUCCAUAAACCAGGACGAAUUCAGGGGAUUUUCCUUCGUUAACAGGGACUUCAAUCCUGGUCGUUUCGUAGCUGAAUAAACGUGUACUCUUUUCACGCAUACUGACACAGACACGUACACUUAGUGCAUUUGACGUUUUAGUACUUGUCAAAUAUAAGUUUGAGGUGGGGAGGUUCAGUAGUGUUUCUUCGGAAUGAUUGAAUUACUUGAAAUUAAACUGGAUUGGUUUUUUAAAAUUAAGUAAAAUCAAUUGCUGUUGCUGGAAAAAAAAACAUGCAUGGUAUUCAUCAGUUUUUUAUAUUAUACCAUGUAAAUGAAAAGUUUUCUACAUAAUUUACAAUAAAUAAUGUUUUUGAACUUGCCUUAGACAUCUGUACCUGAUUGAAAUAUGCAUGGAAUUCGUAUUAUCUUUCGGGCGCAAGAUUAUAGAAAUGUUUUUCAUUUCAUUUGAGUUGAUACAACUAUUUUAGUGAACCUCCCUACAUUUCUGCAAUCAGGUUGAGAACAGCUUUAAAGUAAAAAAACGAUAGAUGUUGAAAAUAUUUUUUGUUGUCGAUUAGCGGUUAACUCAUCAACAUAUUUAUCAAUCAAAUUACAUAGGAUUUUAAGGACGCAGAGUUUAAUUAUGUUAGUUGAAAAAUUGCAAAAAAAUUUUUUUCAAAGAUAUUGUAUUGGAUAAAAAUUAGAUUCGCGGAAGAGCUGGGCAACAAAUGUGAUAAAAUAAAGGUCUUGAGAAUUAGUAGUAUCGAAAAAUUCAUCUAGACGUAAGAAAGCAUAUUGCUCAAAAAUAUAGAUAUGUAGAUGAAGCCAAUAUGCAGCAUUAACAUUGUUGGCAAAGUGCCAUGGAAUCAUUAUGACAGCAGUAAUGGCAUAAUUACCAACGAAAUGAAGUGAUUACAUCAAAGGAAUCUAUUGUAUGUAAUAUCAUAUACGUGUUGUUUUUACAGUGGAUUCCGAAUAAAUACUAUCUAUAAAUGAUAAAACAGUUAAGAAUUUUGUGUUUUCAAUAAUCUAGCAAAAAUUGGGAAGUUACUCUUUACUCUCUCCUUUUGGCAUUCAAAUUGAUUGUUUUGGUUGCUACUAAUUCUCCAAGACAUGAAGAAUCAACUUCAACAAUCAUUCACCUUUUUGAAAUGAUCAAAAUCGUUUUUUUUUAUCAAUGAAUGAAAUAUCAGGUCCGUAUUAUAUUCAUAAUCAAUGACUUGUAUCAUUUAUUUUGAAUAUUCCACACAGCACUUCAUGAUUGUGAAGUUGAUUUAAAAAAGGCCCUUUGUGUGAAAUUUUCCACAAUAGAACCGCUGCAGGUAAAAAUUUACUGACCCGGGUUGUGAGUAUGUAUUUUACUUUGAAAUUAAGCGCACACCGUCAUCUUUCGUCGUCAAAUAGAAUUCGUGACCUCGUAUACUGCCUGAGUGGAAAAAUGUUGAAGAAAGUUAGCCCCUUAACAAAAAUUAUUUAUUCCUUAUUGAAAAUAAAUGUGAUUAACGAAACACACGAGUUGGAACGUCCAAGACCUAAAUGGCAAAAAGACUGAGAUUGGAAAUAAAAAACUUGAAAUUAGUAGGUAAAUAAGACGUAAUAUUCUUUCUUAAAGUAUUCUUUUAUUGUCGUUUAAUUUUGGACGUUCCAGUCCCAAAACAGAAUGCUUUUUAUCAGCACAAGCAAAAAGUACGAAUUCAUUUUUCCUGAUUUUAUGAUCACAUUUUUCCCUAUCAUAAAUAAAAUAUUUUAUUCAAUUUUUCGCCUGAAGUGAUCUCGUCAUUAUCCAAGUCUUUCAUACUUGUCUGUCAGUAAUACUGACGAUAAUCAUGCAUUCUGUUUUUGCAGAAUCUACCUAAAUGUAUUUCUUAAAGCUUUUAUAUAUGUUAUUUAUAUUCACCAAAGAUUAAUUUAUUUAUUGAAGAAAUGAUAUAAAUGUUAAAAAUAUAUAGUUUAAUAAUUGAGAAAAUGCAAUGUUAAAAUUUAGUAGAAUUUCUUUCACAUAUUGUGAAUUGUGAGAGUGAGUGGUAAUUGACUGUUAGGAGUCGGGGCAAGUUGAGUUUGUUUGAGUUUUCUCUAGUUCUCAGAGUUCAAAUAUUCAAUUAGUGAUUCUGUCAUUCAUUGUUCUCGUCACCUAAUAUAUAAAACACUGAAAACGAGAGAACGUAAUGAGAUUUAUCAGAUCACACUGUAGCAUUGCAUUGUAGGUUUUUUGUGACAUGUGAUGUUCGCAUCAUGCAAUAUGCUGAUACAUUAGAUUGCCUUAUUUGAUUUGUCAUUGAUUGAUAUGAAAAUCACCUUCAAACACAUUUUUUUGUUAAAAAGGUGCAAAUAUCUUAUAAGGAAUAUUUUCAGGAAAUGUAUUCAUAAUAUAUUGUUGAAAAAGAUGUUUAUCAGUGUGGCUUAGACUAUACUUAAAAAAGUAGUUUAACAAAUUAAUCUUGCUAAAACCUAGUAAAUGUGUAGAAAUUUUUAUCACUAAGUUGGCACCAGUUAUUGACUAUUACAACUACAUACUCAUUUAUUUUCAACAAUACUUUGAGUAGUGGAAGAAAACAUUACAACACAAUUUCUGGAGAUUUUAGGAAUCUGUGUGAGCCAUUUCAGUAAUAGUGUUUGAAUAUUUGCGUUUUAGGUAGUUUAUGAUAAUCUGUGGACUUUUGAAUUACUUUUUUGUUUUAGGGUUGUUCCUAUAAUUCCAUAAUUUUGAUUUCACGGCAUACCAUAAUAUAUUUUUAAUUUUUAUUCUCAACUUCAAAUCACCACCCAUGUGCUGCUAUUACAGCUGUAAUUUACAGCCAUAUAUUUGUCAAAACUAAAAUAUCAUCAAUCAUAAUUGAACAAAGUUUUUAAUCUGCAUGUCAUUAUAUUCUUCAAAGAAUAUUCUGACUCAAUUCCCAUAAUUUCAAUGUUAUUCUAUUUUCAAGAUUUCCAUAAUCUAUAGCUGGAAAUAAUACGUUAUUGAAUCAUAUAUAUAUAUACAUAUAUAUAAACUUUCAUGUCCAUAAAACACUAGUUUAGUUUUUUUUAUUGCUCCCCAAUUUUUCAUAUUGAACAAUAAGAUUUUUCUUAGAUGAGCUAAGAGAGCAUUUCAAACAUCUUUUUUCCAUUACUCAAAGUUUAGAACAAGUGAGCCAUUUCCAAAUUGGAAAUAGCCAUUUAUUUAUAUCAGGUACAAAUUUUGGCUCUAACAAUUAUUCCAUCCUGUACAUAAAAUUGAAAUAAUUCUACAGGUGGCUUAUACCAAAAGUGUUGUGCCAAAUAGACCAUCAAUUGAUUUCUCACAUCCACUCACCCUCUUGUUAUUGUUUGUAUAUCAUAUUUGUACUAGCAAUGUGUUGUACCUAUUUCUCUGAUGGUGUACUAAAAUUAAAAUAAAUAUUAUUUAAGAUA